AUGUUUUAUGACGAUUAUCAUGUAAAUUCAAUACCAUUAACAACUGAUAAUACAUUAUUAAGAACGGAUGAUACAUUAUCGACAACGUCGAAUAGUAGUUAUUUAUCGAUAAGUAGUAGUGAAAUAUCUAAAACUCAAUCUCCGACAAGACUUAGUUUAUUUGCUGAACAACAUAGCAGAUCGACAGAUAGUAAUGAUGAUAAUUAUAAUAAACCGAAAUUAAAACCGAUAAAAUAUGUUAAACGGUUUUCGGUUUCAUUUUCUCUUCAUCCUCAAUCAGAUAUUCCGAGUCGUCGAAAUUCAAAUAUUAAACAAUUGACACUUGGAAAGAAACAUUUCAAUCUAAAUCCGAAAGAGGGUAUUCGAUGGCUUAUUGAAAAUGGUCUACUUCAAAAUACUCCCGAACAUGUAGCAGCAUUUUUAUACAAAGAAAAUGGUUUAAGUAAACGUGCCAUUGGGGACUAUCUCGGAGAAAAAGAUGAUUUUCAUAUUGAUGUUUUGAAACAUUUUGCUCAUAUGCAUGAAUUUCGUUCAAUCUGCAUUGUCGACGCACUAAGACAAUAUUUGUUUACAUUUCUGUUACCGGGUGAAGCACAGAAGAUCGAUCGUAUGAUGGAAGCAUUUGCACAACGUUUUCAUGAAUGUAAUCCACAUGUGUACAGUAGUUCAGAAGUGUGUUAUAUAAUAUCAUUUGCCAUAAUAAUGUUAAAUACAUCAUUGCACAAUAAAAAUGCUAAAUCUACUCGUGGAAUAUUUACAUUAGAAAAAUUUCAAACAAGUCUUAGUGAAACAAUCACCACAAAUGGCCAAAUGCCUGAUCCAAGUAAUAUCAAAACAAUUUAUGAUAAUAUCAAAAAUAAUGAAUUAAAAUUUCCAGAAGAUGGUUUUAAUUCACCUCUAUUUCGAAACAAUGUAAAUGCAAUCAAAGAAGGAUUUCUAUUUAAACAAGGUGGAAGAUAUCGAAAUUGGAAGCGAAGAUGGUUUGUUAUUACAGAAGGAUGUUUAUAUUAUUUUGAAUCAACAACAGAUCGUGAUCCACGCGGCAUUAUCCCGUUAGUGAAUGUUGAUGUUCGUGAUUCAGAUGAUCGUACGAAACAAUUUUGUUUUGAAUUAUUUCCAUUAGCUGGUGAUAAAGUCAAAGCAUGUAAACCAGCUCCAGGAGAUGUGGGAAAAACAACAGAAGGAAAUCAUACUGUUUAUCGUAUGUCAGCAACAUCUGAAGAAGAUCGAAAAGAAUGGAUUCGAUGUUUACGAUAUGCAAGUCAAAAUCAAUUACCAAAACAUCGAUAUUCUUAA